AUGGAAGCGAACGUGCUGAACCGCUUUUGCCAGAAGAAUGGUGGAAGCUUUGAGGCGACCUUCCAGCAGAGUGCCAAGGGCUUCCAAUGCACUUUACGAGUACCAGGAGUGCAGAAGAUUUCCUUGGCCGUUGCAUCCAGCAAGAAAGCUGCUCAAGCGACAGCUGUGAAGGACAUGGUAUCCUUCCUGGAAGCUUCUGGCUUGCUCGCACAGACGCUGGAAGAGCCGUCGGCCAAGAAGCGGAAAUCCUGGGGUGGGGCCGCGGCCGUUGCCAGCCAACCCGCUCCAGAACAGGUUUUGGCGCGGAAGGCCCCCGGAACCGGCGCGCCGCUGCCGCCGGGCAUCCGGGCGCCCGGCCAGUGUGCCGGCCCGGCGAGGCCACAGACGGCGCCAGCGCUAACGCCAGCGAAAACGCCGGCGCAGACGUUCGAGGGCAACUUCACGCUGGAAAUCGCCCGGGGCCACCUGAACGAGCACCUGCGGAAAUGGCGCCAGCCUACAGAGAUGCAGCUCCUUCAGCAGGGCCCCCCCCACCUUCCGCAGUUCCGGGCUACGCUCCUCUUCGAGGUCAAAAACGAGCGCUUCUUCUUCUCGCACACGGCGACCAACAAGAAGCAGGUGCAGAACGAGUUGGCCCUCAAGGUCUGCCGAAAGCUCUACGCGCUGGGGCUGAUGAGGGAGUACAAGCGCAAUUCCACCAAGGGCACGUUCUUCGACAACCUGAAGGACAGCAAGUACUUCCAAGCCGGCACCUUUGGACUCGGUCUGCAGCCUGCCCUGAAAGCGAAGCUGCGGGCAUACUUGCAACAGUGUGGCUGUGAGGUGCACACUGGGUCCCUCCCACCCGGCAGCAUCCUUUGGGAGGGCGCGGGCGCUCCGGACCUCCCCACAGAGCCGGAGAUAGCGGCGCUGCCGUGGUCGCCACCCAGCGAAGGGCCCGACCCCUGGCCAGAGCCAAAGAGUGAGCUGGAGCCGGACACGUUGGCGGCCGCCGUGGCGGCCGAGGCCAGCGCGUCCCUUCCCAUUGCCAGCAAGUACCAGGAGAUCAUCGAGGCAGUGGCGAACCAUCAGGUGUGCAUCAUCCAGGGCUCCACGGGUUCAGGGAAGACCACCCAAGUGCCGCAGUACAUCCUGGACGCUGAGGACGACGGAGGGCCCAAGACGAUUGUUGUCACGCAGCCCCGCCGGCUGGCAGCAAUCACAGUAGCCCGGCGUGUGGCGCAAGAGCGAGGGGAGGCCCUCGGAGGCUCUGUGGGCUACGCUGUGCGCUUUGACUCGGUGUGGCCGCAGCGCCCGGGUGGCAUUUGCUACAUGACGUCUGGGUUGCUGCUGAAACGGCUGCAUCAGAGGGGCCUGUGUGGCAUCUCUCAUGUCAUAGUGGACGAGGUGCACGAGCGGGACCUGGACAAUGAUGUGCUGCUGGGCCUGCUGCGGUCCGCGCUUUCCGUGCAUCCGGGGCUGAAGGUGGUCUUGAUGUCUGCCACCAUCGACGCCAGUAAGUUCCAGGAGUACUUGCAGGGCCUGGCGCAUGACUACACGCAGCAGAUACCGCCCGUGCCAGUGGUGUCGGUGCAUGGCCACAACUACGAUGUCAAAGUGCUGUUCUUGGAAGACAUCAUCGAGAAGAUGAGGUGGGUGGCACCUCCGAAGAAGAAGGAGAAGGAGUCGGAGGGCUCGAUGAACGCCUGCGACCAGAGGAAGUACUCCGCCUCCACCGUCCAGGCGCUUCAGGCGUUGCCGGAGCAGCAGAUCCCCUUGGAGCUCACCAGGGACUUACUGGCAGCUUUGGUGUCGGAGGGGACGGUGUCACCUGAGACUGGCUCGGUCCUGGUCUUCCUCCCCACAUGGUCCAAAAUGAGUGUGCUGAAGAAGCUCCUAGAGGCGGAGCAGGCCUUGAGCAGCUGCAAGAUCAUCAUGUUGCACUCCCAGGUGCCCAAAGAGGCGCAGAUGGAGGCCUUCCAGCCAGCCCCCAGGGGCAUCGCCAAGGUGAUUCUGGCGACCAACAUUGCCGAGUCUUCCCUCACGAUCGACGACGUCACUUGUGUGAUCGACUCCUGCCGGGUGAAGCUGAAUUUCUUCUCGGAGACUACGCGCUUAUCGUACAACGACAUAGUCUUCACUGGCCGCCACAAUUUGGAGCAGAGGAAGGGCCGCGCGGGGCGCACCCGGCCGGGCCUGUGCUUCAGACUCUGCACGCGGCAGCGCUUUGAGGAGGGCCUGGAGGACGAGGUUCCGCCAGAGCUGACCCGCAUGCCCCUGGUGGGCGCGGCGCUCUUGGUGAAGAGUUUGGAGCUGGGGGACAUCGCCACGGUGCUGUCCCAGUGCCCGGACCCCCCGCCCGAGCCGGCGGUGGCGCAUGCUAUUGCCGAGCUGCAGCUGGUAAGGGCAAUCGAUGAGGACCAGGAGCUCACAAACUUGGGCCGGAUCUUGGCCAGGCUCCCGCUGGACCCUCACGUGGGCUUGGCCCUGCUCAUGGGGCACUGGCUCUUUGGCCUGGGCGAUGCCAUGGCGACGCUUUGUGCCGCCAUGUCCUUUGAUGAGCCCUUCCCCUUCGAGAAGACCACCGGGUACCUGCCGUGGUCCAUUUCGGAGAAGUACAAGGGAACUCACAAGAACUCGGACCAGUUUGUGCUGGGCCUCGUGCACCAGGACUAUGCGCGCCUGCUGGAAACCCACGGCAGCGAUGUGGCUGCGAGAUAUUGCAGCAAGGAGGGCCUCCACCCUGCCAUCAUGCGGCAGGUCUACAAUGCUUCAGAGCAGAUCCGUUCACUGCUGCACACACCCGCACUGGGCAGCCUGACCUCGACCUUUGAUGAGGAGGAUGCUGGCUUUGGCAACAAGCGCAGCCACACUGCCAUCAGGGACUGGAGCCAUCAGGACUGGGAGUGGGGUGCGAUUCUCCUGUCCCUUGUCACCGCGCUUCCUCACCUGGCGGUGCAUCAAGAGAAACGCCACGUUUGGGUGGCGGAGGACACAGUGGGCGCGGUCUACAAAGGGUCCAUCAAUUGUUGCAAGAACGAAUAUGUAUUUCCAUCGCCGAUCUUCGCUUUUCUGGAUCAAACGAAGGAAGAAGGCUGGAAACCGCCAAGAUGUCGGCAACUCACCAACAUGCCGCCGCUCUUGGCGUUGUUGAAACCAUUUACCAGCGGAAACAUCCGCACAGACGAUCAGGACGGCUCUUGCGUGAUCAUCGGCGGAUGGAUUCCGCUUGGGCCGGUCCCGGCUGACACCGCCCAGCUGCUCCUGCUGUUGAGAAGCAGAUUGGAGGAUGUUCUCGUGGAAUGUGCUGACACGAUUGCAGAGCAGGGAAGCGCGUCCGAGUGCCAAGAUCCGCAGCUCGUGAUGCUGCUGCAGGAGCUGCUGCGCAGCGGUUCGCUGCGCUUCCGCGAGAGUCCCUCGCAGCCGGCGAGGUCGGCGCCGAAGGUGGCGCCCAAGGCGCCGCUGGCGCGGGCGGCCGUGCCGCCAAAGCCGAGCGCUGCCAAGGGUUUUGGAAAGACCGCCGGCAAACCAGGCAUCAAUUGGUGGAGCUAG